UUGAGCCAGCCGCUGCCUUGGCUACGGGGCUCCUCAGGUGGCGGCGUCUGUAGUGGGGCUACGGAGGCCGGGUUGCCGGGAAAGUAUUUAAGAAGCUCAUGGAGUAAUAUGAGUCAGAGUAAUAUAGGAUCUGCAGGAAGUCCCUCAAGAUAGUUGGAAAAGAAGAAUUUAUAGACUCUUCGUCAAGAUCUUCAUUUAUACAGCUGUUAAAUCCAAGGCUACAGUAGUGGUGAAACCAUGAAUAAAAAUACAUCUGCUGUAGUAUCAUCCGGUCUACUUGAAAAGGAUCCUGCCUUUCAGAUGAUUACAGUUACCAAGGAGACAGGCCUUGGUCUGAAGAUCCUAGGAGGAAUUAACCGGAAUGAAGGUCCCUUGGUAUAUAUUCAGGAAAUCAUGCCUGGAGGAGACUGUUAUAAGGAUGGACGUUUGAAGCCAGGAGAUCAACUUGUCUCAAUAAACAAGGAGUCUAUGAUUGGUGUAUCAUUUGAAGAAGCAAAAAGCAUAAUUACCAGAGCCAAGUUGAGGUCAGAAUCUGCUUGGGAGAUAGCAUUCAUAAGACAGAAAUCUCACAGCAGUCAUUUAGAAAAUCCAUCGUGUUCAUCCCUUUUACAAGCUACAGGAGAAUAUGGACCUCAAGCCUCAAAAUUUAGUCUUCUUUCUUCUUCCCCUGAAAUACUAAUUCCAAAGACCUCAUCGACUCCCAAAUCUACAGAUGCCAUUUUAUCUUCUUUUAAGAUAAAUCAGAUAAAAACUGGAUACAAGAAAACAGAACAGAUUCCAAUUACUUCUUCAGACAACAGCCCUACAGAUAUGCCUAAUACAGAUAUUGCCCCUGCCUUGACUGAUAAUUAUGGACCACAAGGAAAGAAGAUUUCCCUAAAUCCCUCUGUUCGCCUUAAAGUAGAGAAACUGGAAAUGGCUCUAAAUUAUCUUGGUAUUCAGCCCACAAAAGAACAACACCAAGCCCUGAGACAGCAAGUGCAAGUAGACCCAAAGGGGACAGUGUCUUUUGGAGAUUUUGUCCAGGUUGCCAGAAACUUGUUUUCCUUGCAUUUGGGUGAAGCAAAUGUUGGUGCACAUGAAAUUUCCAACAUAUUAGACUCACAGCUUCUUCCCUGUGAUUCCUUAGAAGCAGAUGAAAUGGAAAGGCUUAAGCAUGAAAGAAAUGAUGCCUUGGAAGAAGUGAAUACACUUAAGGAAAAAUUAUUUCAAUCGGAAAGGCAAAGGAAACAAUUGACAGAAGAACUCCAAAAUGUGAAACAAGAAGCCAAAGCUGUGGUCGAAGAAACAAGAGCCCUGCGAAGUCGGCUUCAUCUUGCCGAAGCUGCACAGAGACAGGCACACGGAAUGGAAAUGGAUUAUGAAGAAGUGAUCCGUCUGUUAGAGGCCGAGAUUACAGAGCUGAAGGCUCAGCUUGCUGAUUAUUCUGACCAAAAUAAAGAAAGUGUUCAGGAGUUAAGAAAGCGAAUCACAGUACUUGACUGCCAAUUGCGAAAAUCAGAAAUGGCUCGAAAAACUUUUGAGGCAUCCACUGAAAAGCUUCUUCAUUUUGUAGAGGCUAUUCAAGAAGUAUUUUGUGAUAAUUCUCUUCCUUUGUCAAAUUUAAGUGAAAGAAGAGCUAUGUUAGCUUCCCAGACGUCCCUCACACCACUGGGAAGGAGUGGACGUAACAUCCCAGCAACGCUGGCACUUGAAUCUAAGGAACUUGUUAAAUCUGUCCGAGCCAUACUUGAUAUGGAUUGUCUACCUUACGGGUGGGAGGAAGCUUACACAGCAGAUGGAAUCAAGUACUUCAUCAAUCACGUAACACAGACUACAUCCUGGAUGCAUCCCGUGAUGAGCGCACUGACCCUGUCCUGCUCAGAGGAGAACGAAGAGGAUUGCUCCAGAGAACUUCCUGACCAGAAGAAUUGAUGGUUUUCUGUGGGAAGCUGCGGUCCAUGGUCUUCUGGCAUCUCCGUCGACGUGGAGGACUCUGACACGCAACAUCUAAAAUAGGAGUAAACCACACACUAUUUAGUGAAGUGAAAUGGAGAUUGGAUUUAAGCUAUUUUUGUAAAACUUUUUGAGAUAACUGUAUACAUUUACAAAAUUAAUUGCCACUACAGUAGUUC